AUGUCAUAUCGCCGUGCAGAAAACGAACCAUACUUCAAAAUUCCCGAUACAACCAGACCUAGUUCGCGAUUCGACAGAUCUAGUAGUAAACUAUAUUCUAGAGGUAAAUAUUUGGAUUUUACUUUUUUUGUUAAUACUGUAGCUUUUUCAGAUGACAUGAUAAAAGUUCGCAGGAGUAUCUCAAGAAUGGAUCAAUCAUCAUUUCUCAAUGGGACUAAUUGUGAUGUCACACUCAAUUUGCUUAACAAUACUACAAGAGCUACUAAGUUAGUUGUAAAGAUUAAGAGAAAAAUAUUUGGUUGAUAUACGACUUUUCAGCUCGAUUUACGAGGAUGAGUUUACUCGAUUACAAGGAGAAAAGAGUGUUUUGUUAGGGGAUGUUCGACAAACCAGUGAGAAUUGGUCGGUUUUUUUCAGCUGACAACAAGAAAUAUUUCAGAACUCGAUAAUCAAAUAAACAUCUACAUAAAUCGUCGUCCAUUGAACAAUAUGAAAUAUAAACUCACGGAUCAUUGGGUUCCAUUUUCAGAUGGUUGGGAAAUUUGGGUCCCCGAUGCGAUUUCACGUAUGAUUUUCAUAUAAUUUUUUCGCUCAAAAUAUCACAAAAAUUGCUAAUUUUUCAGAUGAAGAGGCACUUUUGCGCGCCGAGAGUUUUUUGGAGACAAUAAAACGAUUAAACUGGCAAAAAUCGGAUAUUUUCUUGACCGAAUUGAUGGCUGCAAAUCAUUGUAAAACAUGCAAUUUUGAAACUUCUCGAAGUGUUGAGAUUUUGGCUCAUUUUUUGUCACAAGGACAUAUUAAUAAGGUGAGAUUUUCAUAGCAAACAUUUCAAGAAAAACAAUACAAAACUUUUUUUGCAGAUUUACAGAAACAAAAAAGCAAUCUCGAUUCUCGAUGUUUUGGUUCUCGAAAAAAUGAUCGCAGAAAUCAUGAAAAUGCGAGAAAUUUGCGAAGAGUUGCCGAAUCCACCAAUGGGUUAUCAAAAAUAUGAUGGAGUUGAUGAUUUUUUCGAAUCCGCAUCAGCUGUAAAUUAUUUCGAUAGUUUGAGAAGUUUGACAACAUUAACUGGAAAACUUCCAUUGAUGAAUGAAAUGGUAAAAGGACAAAAAUGUGAAUGUGAGGCUUUUUUAUUUGUUAAAAAAUAAUAAUUACAUUAAUCGAGUGUUUUUUUUCAGACGUUGAAACUGUUUUGACUUUGGAAAAACUCCACAAACAGUCUUCAACUUUACCACGGCUCACAUUGAUUCAACCGAUUGUCAAUGAAAAAUCGAUUUAUUGUUGUGGAGUGUGCGGUGCCAAUGUCGAAAUUUAUCAAUUGAGAUCUUUUUUUGCGCAUAUUUUCACACGAGAACACUUGGCACAGGUUUGAAAUUCGAAAAUUCGAAGAGAAAACAGAACCUGUUUUCCAGGUUUAUACAAAUGGUUUGAAUCGAAACGAAGCUGAAUAUUGGUUUGAUUUCUGUCAAUCAACUUCGACCGAAUCAAAGCCAAAAAAUUUGCCAGAUUCUCAUAGAAAAGGUGAGAUUCUUUACGAAAUUUCAAAUUAAAAAACAAAAUAAAACGAUGAUUAUUUUUAGAAAAUCUUCAAAUAGAAAGAUGGCCACUUUGUGUUGCUGAAAAUCCAGUCGAUGAUGAUUUGGUGUUUGAACGUAAUAAUUUUAAUUCUUUUUAUAUUAAAAAAGUCGGAGUUUUUAGGUCAUCAAAAGGACGAAGUUGUUCGAGUUGUCAAAUCGCUUUUCAAAAAUAAAUGUUUGAUGCACGAUAAAGUUUUCAAAAACAUGGUAAUUUUUAAAAUUUUCAAUUUUUUAAUAGUUCAUUAGAUCUCAUUUUUCCAGCUUUAUUGUCAAUGGUGCAACGUGGAUCUAUCAACAAAACUUCAUUUCAUCGAACACGUCGUUUAUUCAGAAAAACAUUUGAAACAUGUGGGUUUUUUAUGAUGGAAAAUUUGAACUUCUUCAAUUAAUUUAAUAUUUUUUUAGCUGCCAGUCUACUUCGUUGAUGAUUUUCGUUAUAUUUUGAUUUUGGGUGGAGUCAAUGUAUCAGCGCCACUUUUAUCGAUUCCAAAUGGUCCUGUGUUGGGAAGAAAUCAAAUUGUUAAUGGUGGGGAUUCAGAAAAUUUUGUAACCAAUUUUUUUGUUUUUGAAGAAUCUAAAGUUCCAAGUCUCAUUGUUGAGUUCAAGAGAAUGAUUGCUCGUGAACCAUAUGAAAAAUUGUGCCUGAAUGAGAAAAUUGCGCUGGUGGUGAGUUCAAAAAAUGAAACUUUUUCAAAAUUGAUUGACAGUCUGUGAAAUUUAACGGCGAACACAAAAUGGUUGUUUUUUCAUUGAGUGUUUUCAGUUCCGAAAAAGCUUUUCUCUGUGUUUUCCAGAAUUAUUGUGAAUUAUGUGAAGUGAAGCUGGAAUAUGUGGAUCAUGUUAUCGGUCAUCUGAAGAGCGACGAACAUUGGGACAAUGUAGGUUUUUUAGAAGGAAAUUUCUUUUUAUUCUAUUUUUUUUCUUCUUCUAGAACAGAUAUUCUCGCCGAACCUAUUAUGACUUCCAAUUUUGGUUCAGAGAUAGCAGUGGCCGUUAA